AUGACAGUAGGAAGCAAAAUAGAGCCCUCUGAUUUUUGGGAAAAGGCCGAUAGCUGUCUUCUCAAUUAUGGAGGUGAAUUUGUGAGAGAGAUCAUAGUUGGCUCAAAAGGCCUGUACGUGUACACAAACGAAGGUAAAAAAAUCCUUGAUUUUACCUCAGGCCAAAUGUCGUGCUUGAUUGGCCAUUGCAAUAGCGAGAUUUCAGAGGUUAUUUCAUACUACGCCGAGAAUCUGGAUCAUAUCUUCUCCGGCAUGCUCUCUCCUCCUGUUGUGGAUCUUGCUUCUAAAUUGGUCUCCCUGACUCCUGACGGAUUGGAUAAGGCCAUUUUCCUUAGCACGGGAGCAGAGUCCAACGAGUGCGCUAUCAAACUGGCUAAAACAUUCACCCAAAAAUUUGAAAUCGUUGGGCUUUCGCUUUCUUGGCAUGGCAUGACCGGAAAUGCUGGGUCCUGCACCUACCAGUCAGGGAGAAUUGGUCACGGCCCGACUGUGCCAGGCCAGCUGAUCCUCCCAGCUCCGAAUGAGUACCGCUCAAUUUUCAGACAUCCAGACGGGUCCUACGAUUGGAAGACCGAGAUGCUUUAUGGAUGGUCUCUUGUUGAUGCAGCCUCUGUCGGAUCUCUUGCUGCAGUGAUCUUGGAGCCUGUGCUAUCUUCUGGCGGAAUGCUUGUCCUUCCUGACGGUUAUCUGAAGGAAAUGAAAUUUCAAUGCGAGAAGCGUGGAAUGCUGCUCAUUGUUGAUGAAGCGCAAACAGGCAUUGGCCGUGCAGGAUCCUUGUUUUCAUGCAUUGAUUCCGGUGUUGUCCCCGACAUUCUGACUUUAAGUAAGACUCUUGGAAAUGGACUUCCUUUAUCUGCCGUGAUGACUUCCAACGAAAUAGCCAGAGUGACGAAGGAACGGGGAUUUUUGUUCUACACGACUCAUGUCAAUGAUCCGAUACCUGCUGCCGUUGGGUCGAAGGUGUUGGACAUUGUGCUGAGAGAGAAUCUUGUGCAAAACUCCACUGAACGCGGUGAACAGUUCAGAAAGGGACUAUGGGACUUGGCUAAGACAUAUCCUUGGAUUGGGGACGUCAGAGGAAAGGGCCUUAUGUGCGGGAUGGAGUUGGUCAAGGACCGCAAAUCAAAGGAACCUUAUCCCGAGCUUGCAUCAAAAUUAGCAACUAAAAUGAUGGACCUUGGGCUGUCCGCUAAUCUGAUUGCAGUCAAGUCUUUUGGCACCACUUUCAGAAUGGCACCACCUAUUUCCAUCUCCAAGAAAGAGAUGGAUGAAGGGCUGGCUAUAAUUAAGAGUGCAUUCGAGGCUGUUGUGGCUGAAGGUAUAUAG